AUGGUGUCACUAAAUCCCUAUCCGGUCUUCCUGCUGCGUGAGAAUGAGGAGCUGGGGUUUCCUCUCCUGAAGGCGGGUUUCCUGAAUCCCGGAUUUUCGGAGCAGAUUCCCGGAUUUUCGGAGCAGAUUCCCGGAUUUUCGGAGCAGAUUCCCGGAUUUUCGGAGCAGAUUCCCGGAUUUUCGGAGCAGAUUCCCGGAUUUUCGGAGCAGAUUCCCGGAUUUUCGAAGCAGAUUCCCGGAUUUUCGGAGCAGAUUCCCGGAUUUUCGGAGCAGAUUCCCGGAUUUUCGGAGCAGAUUCCCGGAUUUUCGGAGCAGAUUCCCGGAUUUUCGGAGCAGAUUCCCGGAUUUUCGGAGCAGAUUCCCGGAUUUUCGGAGCAGAUUCCCGGAUUUUCGGAGCAGAUUCCCGGAUUUUCGGAGCAGAUUCCCGGAUUUUCGGAGCAGAUUCCCGGAUUUUCGGUGUUUUGA